CCACUCCCUUCUACUGGUGUCGUCGUGUCAAAAUGAGCAGGCCAUCCACGUCGUCCAUCCUUACAAUCACUGGUAUCACCAUCCUCGGCGGUUUCGUCGCAUACGCAGCCUACUUCGACUACAAGCGCCGUAAUGACCCUACCUUCCGAAGAAAAAUUCGCACCCAAAAGAAAAAGGUAGACAAGGCCGUCGCAGAAAAUAAUCAGAAGGAAAAGGCUACAAGCUCGAUUAGCAUUCCACGCGAAAUCCUUUUGGCUCUUCACGAGAAGGUCAACGAAGAAACUUUACCAACGAACCCGGAAGAAAAACAUAUGUUCUUCAUGAACGCAGUUGGAACGGGUGAAAAACUGGCUGAACAAGGCCCACAAAAUUAUUUGGAUGCUGCCGUAUUUUUCUAUCAAGCCUUACGGGUGUAUCCCUCACCAAUGGAACUUAUCGUCAUUUAUCAAAAGACUGUACCGGAAGGUUGCCUUUCAAUUGUCAUGGAAUUGUAUAACUUGGAUGUUUUCCUUCGCAUUCAAGGUUAUUAUAAACAAUUCCCACCACAAACGAUGCAGGUUUCCGUCAAAAAGAUCGAUUUGGAUCAAAAUAAAGGUGGUCAGGCACGCAGCCACCUGCUCGUGGCUUCUAAGAGUUUCAAAGCUGGAGAUGUUAUCUAUAAGGAAACACCCAUCGUAGCUUCGUUGGACCCCGACUUGGUGGCAAGUGGAAGACACUGUGGCCAUUGUUUGCGCGAGGUUGAAAGCGAUGCUGCUAUCAAACCCGAGUCAGAUCGUCUAGGUUCAAUUUACUGUUCAGAGAAGUGUCAGACCCAGAGUGGCACACAAUCGCAAGAUAUGUUAUUCAGCGACAAGAGCCCCCUCCCGGCCGAGGUAGCAGCGGAUCUGCCUCAACAAUCUGUAGCAGAGCGUCCGAAGACUCAGGAUGCACUUGCCGAGUUCUGUCGUCAGAAGGGUACCUCGGGGCUUCUCCUUGUUGCGAGGCUUGUCGCUAUACAGAUUGUCGCGGAGCUGGCUAAGGCGUUGCCGCAAGCAGCACACAUGAAGGAGCAGUUACCUGAGUUCAGUAUAAGUGAACAGUAUACUGUUUACGACCACAUCGAGCGGUUGCGGUAUAUCGACGUAACUCUACCGGACGACGAGUACAAGACAUUGAGGGAGCUUUUGCUGGCGACGCUACCUUUCCUGGAGGACGUGCACUCGGAUGAGAGGCAUGCUAUGUUCCGUGGGAAGGUUGCGUAUAAUGCGAUUGGUAUUUACUUCGGCGAGGGUAGAGAUGAUAAGCCGACCACAUCCGAACUCGAACGGACAAGGAUUGCAGCUGGCGUCUCGAAACAAAUUGGCAGCGGACUAUACCUUGUUUCUUCCUAUAUUGGCCAUUCCUGCGCACCUUCCGUUCGUCCUGUAUUCAGCGAGGGUACCUCCGAACUUCACCUCCUUGCAGAACGAGACAUCGAAGAAGGGGAAGAGCUAACAAUGGCCUAUGUCGACGUUUCGCAACGUUCUGAAGAAACACCCGUUGAGGCAUUCACCCGACGUCGCUCCGAACUCACGCAAGGGUGGAAGUUUGCCUGUGCCUGCGUGAAAUGCGAGGAAGACAAAAAGUCCGCUGGCCUGGAAGGCGAAGCAGAGGCAGAGGCAGAGGCGACAGCGGAUGGCUCGAAGAUUGAUUAUGCACUGAAAGCCCACAGCUUGGCGUGAAGGUGUGGAUGUCUCUUGGUCCUUUGCACGUUAUGCACGAUCCUAUUUAUAGAGAGUUUGUAAUGCUGAGCGAGUUAAUGCGUCUACUUUCGUGUUACAUAUUUCAAG